AUGGCUGACGUUGAAAUGGGCAAUUCUGCCCCUGAUGCCUCCAAGGCUGAGAGACUGUACGCCCAAAAAAAUCCCCUCCACUUGAUAUCAAAGCACAAACAUUCUGCAAGACCAGACCAAAAAGAGGCUAACACAGCACCAAUUAUAGUCCUAUCACUGUCUCCAAGCCCACCCCCUACACCUUUGACCUUGGUCACCUCUUGGCCAACGACCCGAACCCUCUCGACCUCCCCCCCCACCGAGUCCCUCAACGACUCCCUCAAGGCCACCGCCCGUGAUGGCGCCCAGUGCCUGCUCAACCAGCUCCUCACGACCUGCACAAUCACCUCUUCCGCUCAGAACGGCGUGCUGCUGAACCUGCCGGCGCCGCAAACCGCGCUCCCGCGGCACAAGCCGCUGCCGACCCCCAAGCCGCCGACGAAGUGGGAGCUGUUCGCGCGCAAGAAGGGUAUCGGCAAGUUCAACACGAAGCCCGGCGCAUCCCUUGCAGACACAGAGCGACGCAAGAAGCUGGUGUACGACGAAGCGUCCGGCGAGUGGGUGCCGCGGUGGGGCUACAAGGGCAAGAACAAGGCGGACCAGGACCAGUGGCUGGUGGAGGUCAACGAGAAGGACUGGAAGAAGGAAGAGGAAGCAGCGGACAAAGGCAGCUCGAUCCGCGGAAUGUCGCGCACCGAGCGCAAAGAACGGAUCAAGCGCAACGAGCGCAAGAUGCGUGCGAACGACCGUCGGUCCAAGAAGCCUGGCAGCGGGUAA